AUGAACCAGACGCUGGUCACCGAGUUCCUCAUUCUGGGAUUCUCCGAACCUCCUGGGCUGCAAACACUGCUUUUUCUCGCCUUCCUGCUCCUCUACACCGUGGCCCUCUCGGGAAACCUGCUCAUCGUGGCGGUCAUCAGCUCCAGCCCAGCCCUGCACACCCCCAUGUACUUCUUCCUGGUCCACCUGGCCUUGGUGGACAUCCUCUGCACCUCCACCAUCCUGCCUAAGCUGCUGGUGGGCAUGGUGGCCAGCAGGACCAUCUCCUAUGGGGGCUGCAUGGCCCAGCUCUUUUUCUUCACGUGGUCCAUGGGGGCCGAGCUGCUACUCUUCUCUGCCAUGGCCUAUGACCGCUACGUUGCCAUCUGUCGGCCCCUCCACUACAGUGCCCUGAUGGGCCCCCAGGUGUGCCAGCUCUUGGCAGGAGUGGUGUGGACAGUCAGCCUGACCAACACCGGUGUGAACACUGGCCUCUUGUUGCGCCUGCCGUUCUGCCACUCCAAUGUGGUUGAGCACUUCUUCUGCGAAAUCCCGCCUCUGCUGAAGCUCUCCUGUGCCCCGACCCACCUGAAUGAGACCAUGGCCUUCACUGCGGAUCUUUUCCUGGCGGUGGGGAACUUUUCCGUGAUCAUGCUCUCCUAUGGCUGCAUCAUCAGCAGCAUCCUGCACAUACGCUCAGCUGCGGGCAAGCAGCGGGCCUUCUCCACAUGUUCCUCCCACCUGCUGGUGGUCACCAUGUACUACUCCACUGUCAUCUACACCUACAUCCGCCCCACGUCCAGCUACUCGCUGGACAAGGACAAGUUGGUGUCGGUGAUCUACACCUCUGUGGCACCCUCCCUGAACCCCCUCAUCUACUCACUGAGAAACACAGAGGUGAAAGUGGCACUCGGGAGGCUGCUCUCCUACUGCUGA